AAGAUCGCAAGUUCGAGGCCAGCCUGGGCAACUAAGUGAGAGUCAGUCUGCGUAAGUAAGUAAAUAAAACACAUUAGGGCUGGGAUAUGGCUCAGGGUUCCAUCUCUCGUCCCGCAGAUCACAAAGCCACCCAUCCCUGGCCCACUCCGACGGUAAUGUGCAUUUAUACACCUGUUAGUGGUGUGGGGCUGUCACGCUGCCGUGUUCUCGUGACACAGCGCCCUCGCGGGCGUGUCGCUCCCGUGGACUUUGCCUCCGUCCACGCUGGCAGCGGCCGCGGACCCCACGUCCGGAGCAGAGCGCAGCGCCGGGGCUUCCUGCCCUUCGCCCGGGCAGGAAUUGAGCGCACCUCCCGAAGUCCAGCGGUGAGCCAUGCGGGUCUGGACCUCGACCCGCAGGUGUCCCCAUGCCUCCUCCCGUGGACCAUGUCCAUGAUCUUCUUCACUAGCGUGGUACGGGUGAGGGACGGCCUGCCCCUGUCGGCCUCCACCGAUUUCUACCACGCCCCGGCCUUCCUGGAAAGCAGGCGGCGCCUCAAGGCCUUAGCUGUGCAGCUGGCCCAGCACCCGGGCCGGGGCUCCGCGGAGAGCCAGGACUUCCGGAUACACUUCUCUUCUGCAGGGGAUGUGGCCUGCAUGGCCAUCUGCUCCCGCCAGUGCCCCGCAGCCAUGGCCUUCUGCUUCCUGGAGACCCUGUGGUGGGAGUUCACGUCGUCCUUCGACACCACCAGAGUCAGCCUCGCCUCCAGGCCGUACGCCUUCCUCGAGUUCGACAGCACCAUUCAGAAGGUGAAGCGGCAUUUUAACCACGCGAGCGCCUCUCAAAUGCAGAGCAGCUUGGAGAAGGUGCAGGAGGAGCUGGACUUCCGGCCCCCAGUGGUCCUCUCCCUGGAAGAGACAGACGCGGCCGGCAGGCUGGCGAACGGCCACGUGCCCGUGCUCCUGGAGCCUGCAGACGCUUGCGUCUCUCCUCGUCAAGCUCCCACUUUCCGCAUGGAGCCUGUGACUGCCCUGGGAGUCCUGUCCCUCGUCCUCAACAUCAUGUGCGCUGCUCUCAACCUCAUCCGCGGAGUUCACCUCGCAGAGCACUCCUUACAGGUGGCCCAGGAGGAAAUUGGGAACAUCCUGGCUUUCCUCAUUCCUUUUGUAGCCUGCGUUUUCCAGUGCUACCUGUACCUGUUCUACAGCCCAGGCCGCACGGCAAAGGUGCUGCUGCUGCUGCUCUUCAUCUGCCUGGGCAACGCGUACCUGCACGGGCUGCGCAACCUGUGGCAGAUCCUCUUCCACGUCGGCGUGGCCUUCCUGUCCUCGCACCAGAUCCUCACGCGGCAGCUGCAGGAGAAGCAGUCGGACUGCAGCGUGUGAGGCCCCUCGGGCGGCGCUGCCUUCCUCUGAGGGUUGGUCCCUGCCGGCCUUCCUCCUUCUGACUUUACCUGCUUCUGUCUGUGAAGCAACUUUGGGCCAUGCCGGUGCAGAGCCGGAGUGAGGGUCCUGGCAGGGUCGGGUCGGGGUGCCCCUCCGCUGCGCUGAGGAUGACAGCCUGUGCCCCGGCCUGGCUCUCAGGAAGGUGCCGUGGGAGAGCAGGCCGAGCGUUUGGUCUUUAUGGAAGCAGGCUGCAAGCACUCUGUCCACGCGGUUGUCUCCAAGGAACCGGUCCAAAAUCCGAGUCUGCUCUGCAGUCUAAAUAUGACUCAGUUUUAAAUAUGACUCAGCUCUUUUCCUUUGAUAAGAGGGUCAGAACAGGGUGAAUUAGAAACUUAAAUGUGGUUCAUAAAUACAAGCUAGAUAAAUUUUGUUUACAUUUUUGAGAACUUAGGUUUGCUGUACCUUUGGAAUAUUUAUAUUUUGGAUAUAAAUUGAACUGAGUAGGAUGAGAACAAAUUUAAACUGAGAAAAUGGUGAA